AUGAAGAAGUCAAUACUUGCAGCUGUGAUUGAUCAAUGGUCGGUGGUGCCCCCAGUGGAGACCGCUGAUCUAUCUGGAAAAACAGUUCUUGUCGUCGGUGCCAAUGUAGGCAUUGGAUUCGAGGCAUCAAAACACUUUGCCCGUAUGCAACCAGCGCGGUUGAUAAUUGCCUGCCGUAACGAGGCCAAGGGGAAGGCCGCUUUGGCUGGUAUGUAUGAUCGUUUAAAAUUGAACGGAUACAAGGGAUGCGAGUUCUGGAUAGUCGACCUUGCAAACUUUGCAUCAGUGACCGCAUUUGCUGAUAAAUUCAAGAGGGAGGGUGGUGAUUUGCAUAUCCUAGUCAUGAACGCAGCAAUCCUGCAGCUCGUUUACCAGCCCACGGCUGAUGGCUGGGAGUCCCUGUUGGUCUAUUUCACUUUUUCUGCGCAUUGUUAUGGCUCAUAUCCGCCCUUCAGACUACAAGUCAAUUAUCUUGCAACGUCACUUCUUUCUUUGCUCCUCAUUCCGCAAUUAGUUGCUGCGGGGAGAAAGUCUUCAACACCUUCGCGGUUAGUAAUUGUGUCCAGUGAUCUCCACUACUGGGUCACACCCGCGAAAGAGGUCAAGGCUUCCACGACACCACUUGAAACGCUGAGCAACGAAGAGUGGUGUAUACCUGAACACAUGCGAUCCCGGCAUAAUGAAUCAAAGCUGUUGAAUAUUCUCUUCGUUCGCGCCUUGACGGACAGGUUGCAGUCUAUCACACCACUCAGCGCUGUGGCCGUGAACCCAGGAUACUGUUAUUCACAAUUACGGCGUGACUGGUACAAGAAACCGACCUUUUCAUCUGCCAGAAUAGCGGUCGCUUUCCAUGAAUGUCUCUUGGUGUGGACGGCCGAACAAGGUAGCCGUCAGCUUGUAUUUGCUGCGGUGGGCGGACGAGACAAUGAAGACAAUAUGAAAGCCGGAUACGUAAACCUUGGCCGCCUCAUAGAGGUCGCUGAUUUUGUGCUGAGCGACGAGGGUCGUAAAUUUCAGAACACUGUUUGGAAUGAGACUAUAGACAUUCUGAAUGGCGUUUCUGACAAGAUUGCUCCAAUAGUUCAAGGUUAUCUAGUAGUACCUAAUUCGUCCAUAAACUGA